UCACUUUACUUCUAACAACCAUUUAUCUCUUUCCCACACCUUGGCAGAGGACGACUCGACUUCUAAACUCUUUGUUCAUAAAAUUAUCCAUCCCUUUCCCUCCCGGAGUUAAUUCCCAAAACAAAACACGACUUCGAGUCGAGUCUCUCUAGUUUUAGAGAUAACCCCGAAAAAACUUUCCGAUUGUAGUAAUGAUUACGCGGUUUAUUUUUACGGAUAAUAUUAUUAUAAACUUGUUUUCAGAACAGUUUGUUUUGCUAGAGAGACCUAAACAGGGAGUGUCUUCCAGUGCCCGUAUAGUUCUGUAACUGGUUCCCGUGUCACAUUCUGGUAGGAAGUGCAGUGUGAUUCGCCCUUCACCAUGGUUCCCCUGAGCGAGGAGCAGCUGCGGUUCUACCGUGACAACGGCUACCUGGUCCUGCCCGGGCUGCUGCCGGCGGAUCUGCUGGACGAGCUCAGCGAGCAGUACGACCGGCUGUUCCAGCGCAAGAACCAGGACAAGAUGGAGAGCUCGUGGGUCGGGCGAGACGAGGAUGACCGGAAGAGUGACAGUCAAUAUACUGUGAAGGGCAUCCACCACCUGCAGUUCCACCACGCGGUGUUCGGGCGCUGGCUGCAGCAGCCGGCGCUGCUGGACGCGCUGCAGCAGCUCAUGCGGACGCCCAACAUCCAGCUGCACCACACCAAGGCGCACUUCAAGCCGCCGGAGAAGGGAGCCGCCUAUCCGAUGCACCAGGACUACCACUACUUCCCGUACGAGCGGGACUCGAUGGUGGCGGCGUUCCUGCACCUGGACGCGGCGGGCCCGGACAACGGCGGGCUGCACGUGUUCCCGGGCAGCCACCGCCUCGGCCCGCUCGAGGACGUGGGGGCCCGGGAGACUGACGGGCAGUUCCAUUAUGUGGACCAGGCCAAGUUCCCUCUCUCCCUCUCCACCCCCGUUAUCGCGGAGCGCGGCGACAUCGUCAUCUUCUCGUACCUGCUGGUCCACGGCAGCAGUGCCAACGAGUCGCCGCGCGGGCGCCGCAUGGUGCUGGCCCAGCUGGCGGACGCGGCGGACCGCCCGCUGGGACCCCAGCCCACACGCCCCGGGCAGGGCUGGAUGCUGCGCGGGGAGAAUGUGGAUAGGGAUGCGAGUAUCAGCAAGCGGUUUGAGCAGUGAUGGGGUUGGUUGUUGGAUUGAUGGGAGUUUGUGGAGUGUGUCGGUGAUUAAGAGUUAUUAUAAUUAUUAAACAGAUUAAUUAAUUAAA